GUGAAUAUCACACCCAAUCCAUCAAAAGAAGCGGCCCAAAUACACACUCAUUCUCGGGUUUUUAGAUGGGCCUGCUCAGCCCAUAUUUACAAUCACAAUUAGCAAGGCCAGGAUUAUCAUCGCUCUGCGCACAGGGGGCAGAGAGAGUGAGACAUGGAUGAGGAAGAGCACGAGGUGUACGGCGGUGAGAUACCCGACGAGGGCGAAAUGGAAGCCGAUGCCGAUGUUGAUAUGCCGGCGGCCGAGGAUGACGCCGCCGCCAAGGAACUGGAUGAGAUGAAGAAGCGAUUGAAGGAGAUGGAAGAAGAAGCCGCUGCGCUUCGUGAAAUGCAGGCCAAAGUUGAGAAGGAGAUGGGUGCUGUUCAAGAUCCUGCUAGUGCUGCUGCUCAGGCAAGCAAGGAGGAAGUAGAUUCAAGAUCAGUCUUUGUUGGGAAUCAUUACAAGAGAGGAAAUGGUGAUUCGCAUGACAUGCUGAGUGGCCAAAGCGCUAGCAGUUUGGUGUGUCAGGUGGAUUAUGCAUGCACCCCGGAGGAAGUUCAGCAGCAUUUUCAAGCAUGUGGAACAGUCAACCGUGUGACCAUUUUGAGUGAUAAGUUUGGUCAGCCCAAAGGUUUUGCGUACGUUGAAUUUCUUGAGCAAGAGGCGGUUCAAGAAGCCCUGCAACUCAAUGAAUCUGAGCUGCAUGGGCGUCAAUUGAAGGUUAUGGCCAAAAGGACGAAUGUUCCUGGGAUGAAGCAAUACCGUGGAAGAAGAUUCAAUCCGUACUUUGCAUAUGGUUUCAGAAGACCCUAUGUACCCCCUUUUUACUCACCAUACGGGGUUCAACGGACAGACGAUUCUCGUAGAGUGGUGGUCAGAUGUUCGACGGACGGUUCUCGUAGAGUGGUGGUCGCCGUUCACGAAAAUCUUUCUCGGCCUCUCUGGUUUGUGUGUUGUGUCGGAUCGUGGUGUGUGAUUGAGGGAAGGGCGUGGCCCUGGCUAAUCGCUGAUGUCGAAUGCGAGCUGGCUGGGGUUGAGGGGCGAGGCUCGACUCCCCUAUUUCUCUGCUCCUUUGGUGCGCAGGACAAGGAAGACCGGCACUUUCGUCCUAGGCCAGUGCUGAUGGCCGGGUGCGGGGUGGUGGUGUGUGGGGUGGGGUCUGGCUUUGUUUGUCCGGCUUUGGUUCGGCUACUCCCUAGGAGUGGUUCAGGGCUCCAGGACUCGACUUCAGCUAGGUGUUUAGGCAGUUUCGAGAGUGGUGUUCUGGACUUCGGGUCAAGCUGUGGGGAUGGUCGGCCUUUAUCUAUUGUUUUUGUUUGGGAUUUGUGUUUUUGGUUUGGACCGUUGGCCUCAGUGAACCCGAGGGUGAGUGGACUCCAGACCCAAAAACUGCGUCUAAACUCGAACUGCCUAGACAAAUCUGGCAAGGAGACGAUUCUCAGUCCAACUCUGAGCUCCAUUAACCUUCAAUGCCGGGGGAGAGCCGUCUUGAAAGACGACAUCGAAGGAGUCACGUCGGAAGAGCACAACGAGCCACACUGGAAGAGCCUACAACCGAGGACCCAAAUGGGUUCACCCAAACCGGCUCACGGCUGUUCAGGUAAGUGUAAUUUACUGAGUCCUGAAGGGUCCGCAUGGGAUAAAGAACUGAUAGAGCAAACCUUUAAUCCUCAAGAAGCUCAGCUCAUUUUGUCCACAGCCCUUAAUAGACCAAGACAAAGUGACUGCCUAAAAUGGUGGCCACACAAGCUUGGAAAUUUCACAGUAAAAUCAGCUUACUCCCUUAUUCUAAAAAGCAAGCAGCUUUCUACUAAUGCUCCUGAAUCUGGCCAAACCAAGCUCCUCGAAGCUAAGGAACAGCUCUUGCUUAAAGGAAUCCAGACUGACCCCAUUUGCAGGGUUUGUGGCACGACCGUUGAGUCUCUGGAGCAUAUCCUUUUUUCUUGUUCAAGAGCUAUCAAUGUUUGGAAAAUAGCAGGUAUUGACUGGGUAGGCUUUCAGAACCCCUCCUUAAAAUUCAAAACCUGGUGGACUGAUAUAUGCAACAUGAAAAGAGUGAAAAGCUUCAAUGACAGAAUCCACUUUUCCUCCUACAUUCUUUGGAGAUUGUGGAAGUGUAGGAACCUUUGGAUAUUCAACAACACAUGGAAAUCUGACAGGGACAUUGCAAAUCAAGCCUGGAAGGAGUGGAUGGAAUACGAGGAUCCUAGCCUCAAUGCCUCAUAA